AUGCUGGAGAUCCGAAGUCGUUACCCUCAUCUCAAAGACGUAAAACUGGUUGAUGUUGGAGAACCAACCAUCCUUAUUAAAGCGGGAAACCAAUGGCUGCACUUACGUCUCGAUGAAAGACUACCUCCUGUUGGAACCGACGCUCCCUUUGGUUUAUUGACGCCAUUUGGUUGGACUUGUGUUGGCGAUCUAACAUUAGGGACACAGCAACAUGAUUCAACGGUUUGUCGUUCGAACAAACCCUUGCUGACGGUGCAAAAACUCUGCUACCAUGUACAAGAAUCAUCGACGGAAGCAUUACUUUUGCGCCAAGUUGAGAAAUUGUGGGAAACGGAAAGCUUUCCAAUUGUAACUCCAGCUCAACCGCUAGAAUCAACCGAGGAUAAACUAGCGAGGAAGAAAUUCGAUGCAACUAUUCAAUUCGACGGAACCAGAUACAAAGCCGUAAUCGAUGACUAUGUGGCAAAGGGAUUCGCGCUGCCUCUCAAAGAAAGUGAAUUGAAGGGCAUUUUUGGGAGAAAUUGGUACCUUCCCCAUCAUGGAGUCGUAAAUCCUCGAAAACCCGAAAAGGUGCUACCCUUCUACUCUUCAGAGAAAAGUCGGUGCCCCUAUCUUGGGAUAUUACAACAAAUGUUUCUUCAAGUUGGCGUGAAGAAUGAAGACCGUUCCGCCCUACGAUUUCUAUGGCGUCCACCUGGCUCUCGAAAAAGACCCACCGUAUAUGAAAUGCAGCGACAAAUCUUUGGAUCAGUUUCAUCCUCUUCCAUCUGCUCUCAAGUGCUCCGACAUAUUGCUGACCUACAUCGUGAAGAAUUUCCUGAAGCUGCUGAACGAGUUUACAAGAACUUCUAUGUAGAUAACCUUCUGGAUUCUUUUUACACCGAAGAGGCGGCUAGUCGAGCGGUCAAAGAUUCUACAGCAUUGAUAAAAAAGGGAGGAUUCCACCUGAACCAAUGGCUCUCUUCAUCUCUACGGGUAUUGUCACGUGUACCAGAAGGUGAUUGUAAUCAGCCUCGCCUGAAUUUGGAUCUAGAAGAUUUGCCCACGGAGAGAACCUUAGGUUUUUUAUAUGACAGCAAAAGUGAUAGCUUCAUCUUUGAUGUUAAAACCGACGUCGAAGCGAGUACUAAGCGUCGGAUCUUGAGUGCGGGGUCUACCUUGUAUGACCCACUGGGGUUUUUAUCACCAGUGAUCCUUAGCGCCAAAAGAAUUCUACAAGAAUGGUGGCUUGUCGGUGUUGACUGGGAUGACCAAGUUCCCGAAGUAAUUCAACACCAGUGGAACAAGUGGACUACUAAUCUUAGCCAGCUCGAAGCGUUCAAGAUCCCGCGAGCUCUAACUUUGUCUAGUGACAUCCAAGACAUUCAGCUGCAUGCCUUUUGCGAUGCAUCCACCAUUGGGUUUGGCUCUGUGGUAUAUCUACGAGUAACCUAUCGCAACAAUAUCGUCGCCGUAAAUUUCGUUACGUCAAAGUCCCGCGUGGCACCCCUUCGUCCGCUGACCGUUCCAAAAUUAGAACUCCAAGGAGCAGUUGUGGCACUACGCCUUGUAAAGUUCGUCCAAUCGACCCUUCGUAUUCCCAUCAAUCAAAUCAUCUAUUGUUCUGACUCUAAGACUGUCCUUCAGUGGAUAGUCUCAAAGACAUGUCGUUUUCAGACGUUCGUCGCAAAUCGAAUAUCCAACUUCUUAGAGCAUUCUCAACCAACUGAAUGGAAGCAUGUCCCAGGUAUCGAAAAUCCAGCUGAAGAGUGCAGCAGAGAACUUUUCCCUGAUGAGAUGAUGGAGAAUUACCGUUGGGUUAAUGGCCCAAACUUCUGGCAGCAAGAAGAAAACGCCUGGCCGAUAACCAUUAAACUUCCCGAACCUUCUGUCGAAGAUCCAGAGAUAACAUGUCUCAACACUAGAGCGGUACACUUGGAAGUUGCAGCCUCAUUCGACUUGUCGUCUUCUUUGAUCGCCUUUGCUUCCUUCACCGCCCGAAGAGGUCGUCGGUCAGUCGUGUAUAGCGACAAUGGAACUCAAAUUGUUGCUGGGGACAAGGCAAUCCAACAAGGCAUCGAGCGUCUCAAGGAGCAAAACAUCGUUGGUCAAAUGGUGAAACAAGAAAUCGAAUGGCAUUUUUCACCACCUUUAGCGCCACAUUUCGGAGGCGUUUGGGAAAGUCUCGUAAAAUCAGCAAAGGUGGCUCUGGAAGCCAUUGUGGAAUCAAGUCCGCUUACCGAAGAGCUUUUACGUGGUUUCGUGAUUCAGGCCGAAUCGUUGUUGAAUGGACGUCCACUGACCUAUGUCAGUGUGGUAGUGAUGUUACGUUUAACUUAA